AGAAAGUAGCUGAGGAGAAAUUGAAGAAACAGCAACAAAAGAAUGAACAGAGGAGCUGAAGUAGUUUUGUUUUUAAAAUAUAUUUUUUUUAUUUAUGAAACAAGAAAGUAACAGGAAUAUAGAAUAGAAGUGAAUCAUGACAUUGGGUCCACUUUUAACUGAUGUGGUUGUUACAUUCUGUUUGGCUGCUUGUCUGUUAUACAAGUAUGGAAACUGGCUAAAACACCAUAUCAUCGUUACAGUUGCAGUUUUCAUAUCUUGGUACUUUUCAUUUCUUAUCAUCUUUGUUCUACCACUGGAUGUAUCUUCGACAGUAUAUCGUCAGUGCAUGCAAGAAAGUCGGCUAGAAUAUUCUUCACAUGUGAAUUCGUCUGGUGUGUUAUUUGGUCUGGGAAUUGCAUCUGUGGGUAAUGAAAGUACAAACAACAUCACACCUGUCCAAUGUCAGGAGCCAUGGAGCAAUGUGCCUGAGAAUGUUUUUCCAAAUUUAUGGCGUGUUGUAUAUUGGACGUCACAGUUUCUGACGUGGCUUGUGUUACCUCUGAUGCAAUCUUACAUAAAGGCUGGAGAUUUCACCGUGCGUGGAAAGGUGAAGUCUGCUCUGAUUGACAACGCCAUUUACUAUGGAUCUUAUCUCUUCAUUUGUGGAAUCCUUCUUAUAUAUAUUGCCUUGAAACCAGAUCUUCACCUUGAUGGGCAGAAACUGAAGGCUAUUGCGUCAUCGGCCAGCAACACGUGGGGUCUGUUUCUUCUCGUCCUGCUCUUAGGCUAUGCUUUGGUAGAAGUCCCACGCUCCCUGUGGAAUUCUAGCAAACGUGGCUAUGUUCUCAACUACAGCUACUUCAAGGCAGCCAAACUCAGCUCUGAAAAGUGCGAAGCAGAGGAGAGUGUUGACGAUAUUCUAGAGUCUCUUCAGGCCGUGUCUGUGUCUGUUGGGCCAGGCCACCCCUUACAUCGAAACUUGGAAACAAUUUUCCAGAAAGUACCUCCUGAAUUACGGGAACGAAUGAAUCGUCGUCAACUACCUGAUGACACACCGAAUGAUGCUCCCUCAGACAAAGCACUUAUACGACUUCACAAGCAGGUUAUUAAAGCCUUACAGACACAAUACCGCACAGAAACACAAUGGAGUCUUCUUGUGGAUCGCAUUGUGAUGCUAGAAGAUGUAGCUCGCAAUCAAGUUAGCCAUGAUCACCGAUACAAACCAACGUUCGAACCGCCGAGGCCACUUUGGCUUCGUUUUGUUUACAGUCCAACGAUUGAGUGGUACUGGAAGUGUGUGCUUCAUGGUUAUACACUCAAGUUGGCUGCUGUUGCAGCUGGGUUACUGUCAGCAGCUGUCGUCUGGUCAGAGGUAACCUUCUUCAAUAAAGAGCCAGUUCUGUCGCUCUUUGCCCAGUUCCUGAGUCUUGCUAAAGUAAACUAUGAUUACUUUACCAUAGAGGUUUUGUCCACCAUGAUUAUUGCAUAUAUGUGUUACUGUGCAUACUCAACUGUGCUAAAGAUACGACUCCUGAAUUUGUACUACUUAGCGCCCCAUCAUCAGACAGAUGAAUACUCACUGAUUUUUUCUGGGAUGAUGCUGUGUCGUCUCACACCACCUAUGUGUCUCAAUUUUCUUGGCCUCAUUCACAUGGAUAGCCACAUUAUCAAGCAUCACAUAUGGGAAACACAUUACACGCAGGUUAUGGGACACAUGGAUGUGAUAUCUAUUGUGUCAGAUGGCUUUAAUGUGUAUUUCCCCAUGGCAAUGCUAGCCUUCUGUGUGGCAACAUAUUUCAGCGUAGGAUCGCGACUGCUCUCGGUGCUUGGGUUCCAGCAGUUCGUUGGCGAUGACGAAGUGACGGCUGAUCUUGUGGAUGAAGGCCGGGAGCUUAUCAAGAGAGAAAAACGGCGUCGACAACGAGCAGAGGAUUCUGUUAACCGACGCCGGGAGUUCCAAGAUCGGUUUGGUGGGACAACCUCACGAUACCGAACUGCACGACAGAAACCGGAAGACAGGGUUCGUCCUCUCCAUCGUGAUGAUUCAACAGAGUCUGCUCGGGCCGUUCUCCUUCGUGAUGUCGAACCUAUGGACUACUACGUAGGUGGCAGCACAGCUUCUACAAAUACUGCGUCAACAAAUGGCAGUGAUCAUUUCUACGGCCCAAAUAACGGUAGUAACCAGUACUACCCCCAUCUAGAGACUUCAGGAGGUUUGGGUUUGGAUGCUAGACUGGGUAGAGACAGUGCUGUCAACCUUGGAUCAACAGUACUGUAUCAGGGAGGCACAAUGACGGAAAGUUUCAUUCCAGAUACUGCAGGUAGUAUGUUUGAUGGGUUCAAGACAGAACUGGAGAUGUCAGUCACUCUUGAAAGGUGGCUUAUAUCACCGACAGACUGCUUGAUGUUAGAGGGACAAGGAUACACGACACUUAUGGACACGCAGUUGUGUAAUGAUACAAAAUAUUAA